AUGAAUGAUCCUCCAGUACUUUUUAUGGAGUUAGAAGAUGACGUUUCACUUGACAAUUGUUGUCCAUUGCUUGGUAUGGCACGUGGCUGUGGAACAACAGGUACUGAAGGCGGAUUUCGUGGCACUGGCGGGGGAAGAAUAUACCCUGCAGGCGGACUGGGUGGCACUGGCGCGGGAAGACCAUACCCUGCAGGCGGACUGGGUGGCACUGGCGCGGGAAGACCAUAUCCUGCAGGCGGACUGGGUGGCACUGGCGCGGGAAGACCAUACCCUGCAGGCGGAUUUGGUGGUGACGGAGGGACACCAUAA